CGAUCAAGUUCAAGCUCCUCAAAACUGAAAAAAGAAAAAAAGAAAAAAAAAUCAUCUCUCUCUAAAACGAGGAAGAACAAGGCGGCAUUAUUACAAAUUUCUUCUGAAAUUCUGUUUGUUUUGUUUGAAAUGGAAAUGGAGCCGAUUCGUCCGGCAGUGAAGAAGAAGCUAUGGAACGUAUUGCGAGCGGUUGUGUUCAUGUUGAGGAAAGGAUUAAGCAAAAGCAAGAUUGCAUUCGAUCUUCAUUUAAUGCUCAAACGAAGCAAAAUCGCUGGAAAAGCGAUUGCGAAUCUCGUCGAAUUUCAUCACGGAUCUGCUUUCAGUUGCCAAACGAUCGAUAUCGCCAAUUCGUACAUCUCAACGCGCGAUUAUGAAUUCAGUUGCAGUAACAGUCCUGCUACAGCAUAUCCGUUCCGUUACUUCAACAAAAAACUUCGAAAACAACACUAUUUCCCCAAAUCUUACCGCUACGAUGAUUUCUCCACCGUUACGGCAGUUCAAAGAGUUCUCGAUAUUCUUCACACCGAUCAGAAAUCCGAAGCGUCGCCGUUAGUGUCGUUGCCUGGAUUUGGAAAGAGUCCGUUAGUCGUACGGCAAUUGCGUGUUACAGAUUCGCCGUUUUCUCUAAAAGACGACGGUGAUAGUCAGUUCGUCGACAAAGCAGCGGAGGAAUUCAUCAAGAAAUUCUACACGGAUCUACGGCUGGAAAGAAGUUCAGCGGCGUUUGAAUCGCCGUAUCGGAACACACUUUGCCGAUGAUAAACGAAUUUAAAGGUUUUUUUUCCUUUACUCUUCUUUUCCCGAUCGGCGUUUGGCGAUGAAUCUGCGGGUUUGUUUUACAGUUACAUUACACAUCGUCAUAAAUGAACGUCGAAACGACGUGUUUAAUGGCCUCGAUAGACGUGAUUGAUUUAAAGCUCGAGCAGUUUAUAUAUCUACAAGUUUGGACAAUUACUUCCUUUUUCUUUUUAGUAAUUGUAAUAAAUUUUAGAUUUGAAUCUUAUUCUAAGUUUUAGAGUUUUCAUGUUUUAAUUAGAAGUAACUUUUUUUUUUUUCUUUAUACAAUAUUUCAGUGGUGGCUCGAAAUUUGAGUCUUCAAUUUACUGAGAAUGUUGUAAAGUAAUAGUUUGAGUGAAUUUGAACUUUCACUCGCAUCUUUUACCGUUGAUGGAGACUAUAUAUUUUAUUUCAUACUCAUGAGUUAUGUUUAUUAACAAAUAUAUUAGAGACUAUGUCGAAA